UGCCACCGUCCGGGCCGUCGUACUGGCUGGGUCUUCCGCACCUCUCCGCCGGUGCUUCCAGGCCGCUCUUCGCGGUCCCGCCCGGUGGGGCCCCGCCUUCCUCGGGGGCCGGGCGAUGGGCGGGGAAGGGGACGGGCCGGUUAAAGGGAGGCCGGCCCGGGACCGGGCUACCUCUGCCGGCGCUGCUGUGUUCCCUCAUCCUCGCCACGGCGCAGGACGUGCCGCGGGGCCUCGUCGCACGGGGAGGCCAGGGACCUAGAGGUGAACUGUGAAUAUACCAGUGCUGCACAUAUCAUUCUUUCAACUUUUCUGAAGGUUUGAGAAGUUUCAAAAGAAGCAGUCGAGAGACAGAGUGCGUGUGAAUCACACAGGCUUUGCUUCCCGUCACAGUUCCACUACUUGCCAGCAGUGUUUGGAAAAGCCCUUUGACCCAGGAAUCACCAAGAGCUGUUCCAAAAUAAAAGGACCUAAGAAAUGUACUCAAACUAGGUUGACCUGAGUAGGAAGUAAGAAGAGAGUUACAGACCAGUUGCAUUGAGGAAUGAAGACCUGCUGUGUGUAUCCACCAAUCUGAUUGACUUGCUCAGGGAGGCUGAAGCAUCUAUCUCCAGAAAUGUCUUUGGAAAGUAAAGAGCAACAUGAUCUGUCACUCACUGACUUAUCUGAAGGAAAUGACCAACACGGCCCUCUGUGUAACAUCCCUCCGGAGCCUGCAAAUGAAUCAAGUACCGACUUCAAGCAGUUUGAAGCCAAUGAUCAAUGCACACCUUAUCGUAGGAUCCAUAUGGAGCCUCAAGAGAAAUCAAAUACUAACUUCAAGAAAUUUGUCAUUAAAAAAUUGCGGAGGACUUGCCAGUGCAGUCCAACCAAAGCCAAAAAUGUGAUUUUUGGUUUCCUUCCUGUUUUGCGAUGGCUCCCAAAGUAUGAUCUGAAGAAAAACAUUUUAGGGGAUGUGAUGUCUGGCUUGAUUGUGGGCAUCUUAUUAGUACCCCAAUCCAUCGCUUAUUCCCUCUUGGCUGGCCAAGAACCUAUCUAUGGUCUGUACACCUCUUUUUUUGCCAGCAUCAUUUAUUUCCUAUUGGGUACCUCCCGUCACAUCUCUGUGGGCAUUUUUGGAAUAUUGUGCCUUAUGAUUGGUGAGGUAGUAGACCGAGAACUACACAAAGCCGGCUAUGACACUGCCCAUACUGCUCCUUCUUUAGGGAUGGUUUCAAAUGGGAGCACAUUAUUAAACCAGACAUCAGACUGGAUAUGUGACAGAAGUUGCUAUGCAAUUGCAGUUGGCAGCACUGUGACCUUUAUGGCUGGAGUUUAUCAGGUAGCGAUGGGCUUCUUUCAAGUGGGCUUUGUUUCUGUCUACCUCUCAGAUGCCUUGCUGAGUGGAUUUGUCACUGGUGCCUCCUUCACUAUUCUUACAUCUCAGGCCAAGUACCUCCUUGGGCUCAGCCUUCCUCGGAGUAAUGGUGUGGGCUCGCUCAUCACUACUUGGAUACAUAUCUUCAGAAACAUCCAUAGGACCAAUAUCUGUGAUCUCAUCACCAGCCUUUUGUGCCUUUUGGUUCUUUUGCCAACCAAAGAACUCAAUGAGCACUUCAAGUCCAAGCUUAAGGCACCAAUUCCUACCGAACUCAUUGUCGUCGUGGCAGCCACAUUAGCUUCUCAUUUUGGGAAACUCCACGAGAAAUACAAUAGCAGUAUUGCUGGACAUAUUCCCACGGGGUUUAUGCCACCCAAAGCACCGGACUGGAACUUAAUUCCCAGUUUGGCUGUAGACGCAAUAGCUAUUUCUAUCAUUGGUUUUGCUAUCACUGUAUCACUUUCUGAGAUGUUUGCCAAGAAACAUGGCUACACAGUCAGAGCUAAUCAGGAAAUGUAUGCCAUUGGCUUUUGCAAUAUCAUCCCUUCCUUCUUCCACUGCUUUACUACUAGCGCGGCUCUUGCGAAGACUUUGGUUAAAGAAUCAACAGGCUGCCAAACUCAGCUUUCUGCUGUGGUGACAGCUUUGGUUCUUUUGUUGGUCCUCCUGGUAAUUGCUCCUUUAUUCUAUUCUCUUCAGAAAAGUGUCCUUGGUGUGAUCACUAUUGUAAAUCUCCGGGGAGCCCUACGUAAAUUUAAGGAUCUACCCAAAAUGUGGAAGGUUAGCAGAAUGGAUACAGUUAUCUGGUUUGUCACUAUGCUGUCCUCUGCACUGAUAAGUACUGAAAUAGGCCUGCUUAUUGGGGUUUGCUUUUCUAUGUUUUGUGUCAUUCUCCGCACACAGAAGCCAAAGAUUUCAUUGCUUGGCUGGGUGGAAGAGUCCGAAAUCUUUGAAUCCAUGUCUGCUUAUAAGAAUCUUCAGACAAAGCCAGGCGUCAAGAUAUUCCGUUUUGUAGCCCCUCUCUACUACAUAAACAAAGAAUGUUUUAAAUCUGCUUUAUACAAAAAAACUCUCAACCCAGUCUUAGUAAAGGCAGCUCAGAAGAAGGCUGCCAAGGCAAAGAUCACAAAGGAGACAGUGAUUUUCAGUGGAAUCCAGGAUGAAGUUUCACUGCAACUUUCCCAUGAUCCUUUGGAUCUCCAUACCAUAGUAAUUGACUGCAGUGCAAUACAGUUUUUAGAUACAGCAGGGAUCCACACCCUGAAAGAAGUUCGUAGAGAUUAUGAAGCCAUUGGCAUCCAGGUUCUGCUGGCUCAGUGCAAUCCCUCUGUGAGGGAUUCCCUGGCCUGCGGAGACUAUUGCAAAAAGGAAGAAGAAAACCUUCUCUUUUAUAGUGUGUAUGAAGCGAUGGCUUUUGCAGAAGAAUAUCAGAAUCAGAAAGGAGUAUGUAUUCCCAAUGGUCUAAGUCCUUCCAGUGAUUGAGAAAGUAGAUGGAAAGAAUACUUAUGUCUAGCCAGUAGGUUGGUUUGAAGUGUGUAACACUUUCCAGUUCCGCAGCAGAAAAUGUUGCACACUUGAAAUUUUAACCUGAUGAUUAGGUAUUAUUCCUUUGAAGCUGAUGGCCUUUGUAGAUAUCUACACAUAUGCAGCAGAGUAGAGCUUAUAGUCAACCAGAAUCAAAAAGAAGAAAAUACCAUGGGUUCAAGCUUUCUUGCAGAUAUGAGGUAUUCUUGGAAUUAAAUGUCUAUUGAAUUGAACUGUAAAGUGACCCCCAAACUUAAUUACCAUCGUGUGUUUUAGAAGAUUCGCAUUUGGAUUCUUCCUUCUCCAGGAAGUAAAGCUGUCGUUGACAUUCUGAGAAGUGCUGGAGCCUGGUUGAUAUGGCUCUUUGGAGAGGGAGUAGAAAGGAGGCAGGGAAACAGUGUUGUGCCUGCUCUUAUACCAGCAGGUCGGGAGACUUCUGGAGCACCAGGUUCGUUCUUACUUGUGUUUCUCCAUUCCCAGUCUACUCCCUAGACAGCAGUAAGAUCUCUGGCUUUUAAUACGAGAGCGCCAUUCCUUGCCUUAAGGCAAGGAACCACGGGCACUAUCUUAUUAGGAGCUGGAUGGCUGGGCAGGCUUGUGAAAUCCUACCAGCCAGCCUCAUAUUACUUACAGCAUUCUCUGUAAUACACUUGAUGUUUUUAUUCAUGCCUUUUUGUUUAGGGUAAGUGGAUAAGCAAAGGGCUCUUGCUCAUAAUCAGCCAAAAUAAUAGGAAUCUGCCCUGUCUUUUCUGUGACCUCAAUCAAUCCCUGUUUCUGAGUAUUUCUCUACCGUUAAGCUCUGGUGUAGCUUUCAUUCAUCCAUUGUUUCCCAUGGAAUCUGUCUUACACUGUCGUGGAUUACCAGCAACUAGCUUGCCAGGUAGAAGGCAGAAUGCCGACUCCACAAGUCUAGAAGGCAUUUUUAAUGAGCUUGAGGCAAACUGUUGGAUGGAUUGCAAAAAGGAAUGAUUGACAGUUUCCCUUAGGAAUUUGUAUACUUAGCAGUGAAUUUUUUUCCUCUUCCCUUGGCAUUUUAGUGAGGGUCCACUGCGGAUUGACAGUCUUUCUCAAGUAGGAGGUACUGUUCAUCUUUACUCUGCAAGAAUAUUUUAUUGUAACCAAUGGAAAAGAAUGCAUGGAAGUGAUAGCGUGCUUCCAGAAGAACAUCAAUAAUUAAUUGGUGGAUGUUUUAGUGAAAACAAAGCUAAUGCUCACUGUCAGGCACCCUAUUGAUGUCCAGUAAAUAUGGAUGACAGUGACAGCUUUUAACUCUUUGGGCCACCUAAAGCUGUUAUGCAAGAGGAUUUAGAAACAUCCCAGAUUCUGUGGGUGUAUUAUUUAUGACAGCUGGCCACAGGUUGUGGCUCCAGGAAUAGUUCCUUUUGAAAAGCAAGAAUGUCUGGCAUUGAAAGCUUAUUGUCCUGUAUGUGGACCUUGAUAGACAAGAAAAAAUACGGGUUUUCCAAAGUUAGGAUGAGGAGACUAAUUUAGAGGAUGUUAAAACAUUUAGCUACAGUACUUAAAGCAAGAAAAAUAAUUGCAAAAACGCAAAUCAUUUUUUAACCUGCACUACAUUCUAAACAAUUUAAAUGUGAGACCCAAACCCUAUGGGUAGGGCAUCUAUUAGAGUGGGACACUUUAAAACAUAUUUAGCUUUCUUUUGGGCUCCAUAAAUUUCAAGUAUUGCUUUUCUAUUGGUGGAGCUCUGUCCAUCUAUUUGCAUGGAAAAUGCCUUUCAGUUGUUAAAACAAAGCAGUUUCUCAGUAAAAAGUUGGAUUUCAGUCUUUGAGGUGAUUGAUUUCAUGAUUAAAUAUAAUAGUACUAAAUUUUGACAUCCCUUUAGAACUUAAGUCUAGAAUUUCAGAAAUGUUAACUACCGUUUGUAUUCGUGGGGUUUUUUGGUUUGCUUUCAGCCAAUAUUUGCCCUUUCUACCCAGUUUUAGGGAUAGAAAUAGUAAAAUUCCAGUGUCUUGGUUGGUUAUUUGUUUUUAAUCCCUGUUCUCCCUCCCUCAAGGCAGGUUUGAAUCCCGACCAUUAUAGAUGUCUAAUGUCAUGUGAGAGAGUAAAUAAGUACAUGUUCAAGACGACCCUGUCUGUAAUUUAGCAAACACUAGCACAGCAAAGAAAAGUGUCCACGGAAUUUGGAGAAUCCCUUAGGAAUAACAGGGUCUGAUUUUUACCUGGCAUUUCUGUCCACAUGUGGAUAUAAACAAUUAAUGGAGCUGUAUGCAAUUAGCAAAUUCUCGAAUUGUGUUCUGGUUUGUUCCUCUCCUACCCAAACAAACAAACAAACAAACAAACAGAUUCUGCUUUUGGUAGCUACUUACAAAAACACUUAAGAUUUCACUAGAAUUUAUAGCUCCAUCCUCUGCUUUGGUUGAGGCCCACCUAUACUUACACAUUGUUGAUUGCUAGUGUUUAAAAAAAUCAAAUCCGAAACCAAAAUCUAGUUCACCAACAAAACUAUUGUUUUCAUUUUCUUUCUUGCUCAAGGGCUGAGACCUUGAGUUCAAUAACUGAUACUUUACAUACUUUAUUGAUACAAAAAUAUCUUGCAUACCUUAAACUUUAGAGUCUAAAUGAAGUGUUUUCUCAUUGCUUAUUGACAAAUGUAUAAAAUUCUAAAUAUCUUAAAAUGGUCAUGUAAUUGAAACGUAAUGUGUACAUUCUUGAUAGUAAAAACUGGAAGGGGGGAGUAUGCUAAAAACCGAAAGAGUAAGGAUAACUGUCAAGAGGAGUGAAGGGAAUACACCAUCGAAAAAAGACGAUCUCUGACCAAAUGGGGGAGAAAGGAGAGGGACUCGGUUGAAUGGAGUCCAAUCCCUGGUUGGUCCUGACCUUGGGAGAUCAGGAUUAGGAGCCACACCUUAGUUUUGACAGCAAGGUCGGAACUGGGUUCUGUUACGAGAAAGGGAGGGUAGAUUCACCAAAGCAGAAAGAGCUGAGGAGCAUGUGGUACCCUAGGGCUGGGGCAAAGGCCCAGUGGACCUGCUCCGGAGCACUAGACUGAGUGACUAUAGCCUCUGAUGGUGGUAGAAGUGACAGAUGUCUAGUUGACAAGUUUUGUUUAAUAGGACCAAAGGAAAACAAAUUUUGAUAGUCUGACUUAGCUUUUAAACAGUAGUAGUCAUUGAAGCCAAAUUUGUUGGUAAAUUUACAGUAUGGUACAUGGUAAUCUUUAAACAUGUAUCAAGAAGUUAGAUGAGUUCAUUAGACUAGUCUAAUGCUAAUGAAAAUGUUUUAACCAGAACAAUAAUUCUCUGUAAGGGGAUUUUUCUUAGCAGUUGGUCACUGAAGAAUGCAUUGUGUGGCUUUUAGCCCUGAUCUUAAUAUGAAACUGAGAAAAACACCAUGAAUUUCUUGGGAACUUAAAUUAGUCUAGAAGUUACAAUGAUAAAUUUGAGCUUUGUGAUGCUUGUUAUUGUUCUUAAGGAUUGUUUUCCUUUGUGUAUUGCUACAGAUGAGCUAUAGGGUUUUGUUUUGUUUUUUCAGCAAUGUAGAUAAUAUCUCAGUACUUACUGAGGAUCCGUGCUGGAGUCUAGGGUCCUGCACCAAGUACUAGAACUAUGGUACUAAAUCUCGCAGAUGGGCUAUAAUGGUCACCCUCCUAGGAUAACACCCAGGACACUUGGAGGGGUUUAUGGAGGGGCUAAGCUGAGCCUGGACUGAGGUCUGAGCAGAAGACCGGCAACUGAGGCAAACAAGGAGGCAUGAACACUCCUGGUCUAUUCAGGGAAUGAUUCCAGUGACAUGGUAAAAAUCCCAUGAAUAGGAUUUAGACUUCGUUUAGUUUUUCUGUUCUUUGAUGUUUUUCAUUUUUUGCAUCUGUUUUCUUUCUCUAUUUUAGUGAUGCCUUAAUUUGAAGCUGGGUUUAAAAAACUGCAAAGAAGAGGAAAUCAGAUCUAGAAAGCUUUUAGCCUUUGAACUAAUUUGGCUUUUUUUUCCUUUUGUACUAAGAUUUUAUUAGAUAAUCAUGAUUGGAAUCAUCAGGUGCUAAUAACAAGAAUGAAAAUUAUAAUGGAACAGGCCCAAAUAAUAAGCCUACUGGUUUGUUAUCACAGCCUAUGAUUAAAGUAAAACACUAUUGAAAUAUUGUAAGUUAAAGGUACAUUUUAGUUUUUAAAAAACAAACAUUAGUAACUUUAGGGAUGGAGAAUUUAGAUGUGGGAGUAGGAGAAGAUUUAUUUUUAUAAGGUAAUUUUUAUCCUGACAAGGACUAUUUUUGAAAAGUGUUUUGCACCUAAAAUUUUUAAGUGAACAUAUUCAAUACAGUUGGGAAAGUUAAAUGAGCAAUAUACUAAAGAGUGAAUUUUUUUUAUAUGAAUUUUAUUUUUCUCUUAAUGACACAAGAUAAGGAGAUCCUGAAUUAUGAAAACUAGAAUAAUGAAGGACACCAAAUGCGUUCAUUGGAGGUACAAUGUUUGCAAGUCUGCACUGGAGCAUUGUACCUUUUUUGGACUUGAAUUAUAGCUCUUAAAAAGGCCAAAUACUUACAAUGUAAUUAAUAUAAUCUAAUCCAAUAUAAACAAAAUACCAACGGCAAAAUUUCUAACUGAAGGUUUUUUAGUUGGCAAAUAGACAAGCAGACUUAGCCAGAAAGGAUUUUUAACUGCAGCUUUAAUGGACUUAUUUUACGGGGCACGUGGGUAGCUCAGUCAGUUAAGCUCUGACUUUUGAUUUCGGCUCAGGUCAUGAUCUCAUGGUUUGUGGGAUCGAGCCCUGCAUUGGGCUCUGCACUGACAGCACAGAGCCUGCUUGGGAUUCUCUCUCUCUCUCCCUCUCUCUCUGCCCCUCCCCCCACUCACAAUCUUUCUGUCUCUCAAAUAAACUUAGAAAAAAAUUUUUUACAUUAACUUAUUUUAGGGAAGUUCACACCCCCUUUUCCCCAUCUCCCAUCCUCCCGUCCCUCACCCCUAAAAUAAUAAGAUGCUAGGAAUCAAAAAGCUCUUGCCUUUUCCAUUCAAAUCAGUUGGGGAAUUAGUAUUUGAAUUCUGAUGCUACCAUGAUUUCUCAAAAAUUAGUGGGAACAAAUCAAUCUAUAUACAACGCUACCUUUUUUUGUCUCCUUUGCAAUGUUAUAUACAAAUCAAGACAAUAUCAGGAUGACAGGUGAAUGAACGUAAAUUCUCAGUUUUGUCUAUUCCCUAAAAAAGUAUACUGCCCUUUUUUUCCCCAAUUGUUCAAGGCUAAUGACUUUUGGGAACAUGUUUUAUACCACAUAUAUCUGUUUUUAAUUAAAGCAAGUGCCUUGAUGCCAUUCUAUAUAAAUCAUGCUUAACCCUCUAUGGGAUGAGAAUGAGUUGAUGGAUUGCAGUCUAUUGCAGGAGGGGGGGGCGGGUAGUUGGUUAAUAGCAGAUGUUUUUCUUCUGGAACGAUAUGUUCAUGUUGUUUAUUAUGUAAGAUCCUGUACGUGUUGAGAUCUAGAGGUGUCAUUUCAUUCUGCUAAUAAAUUGUUAAUGCUAAUAAAAUA